AUGUUCAUUGCCGUUAUUCGUUUUGCCCUGUUCUCACCCGCGAUAAUUUACUGGGUCGCCGCGGCAGACCACCACGAGUUGAUCAGGAUUAAUCCCGAACUUCACGACGGUAUCUACGGCACGUCCAUGCUAGCUGGCGAAAGGCUUGCGGACAAAUGGGGCAUAAUCUUAUGGAUCUGGAACCUGGCCUGUUGGUGGCCUGCGCUGGUAUGCUUCCCUCCACUGAACUUACCUUUCACGAUUGUCGACACUACGAUCACCGUCUUUCUGGCGAUGGCUACAAACUACCAGGUUGGAUACAUACCUCUUAAUCUGAAAGCUUGUCAUGACAAAGCGGGCCUCGAAUUGCAGCGACCCGCUGGCACGAAUGAGAGCUUUUUUGCUGCUGCCGGAAGACUCAACGAGACAACGGCGAGUUCGACUGCCAUGUGCUUGGAAUUUGUGAAAGAGGCACAAUAUGGUGUUGCGCUAACCUUUUUCUACGCCCUCGUGUCGUUCAUCGGUGUCCUUGCGUUCCCCGGUGCUAUUUUAGAGAUUAGAAAGAACGACGAUUCCAUUCUCGACAUGGUAAAAGAAAUCCUUAAAAUGCACCGGGGCUGCUUCGCUUGCAUGUUCAAGUGGCCAGCGCUCUUGGUCUAUGGCGUUUUGGUCUACACCCCGAUUUUGUUCUUCCGUUAUCUACCGAUGGACUUCAAAGCCCCGGUGCGAUCAGUCCGUCGGUACGUCACGAAGGCUACGAUAGGGGCGGAGCAAAAGAUCGAAAUGAUGUUGACGGAGCGCAUAAAGCACGCGAGUAACAGCGGUGAUACUGUUCUACCGUGUCAAGGUAGUGGUGGUACUCAAAACGAGCUUUCGCGAUUUCUGGCUGUCUACGACAUGUUGAUCAUGGUCGCCAAAGAUCUGCACUACACCGAUAUCGCCAGCCUAUCAUCCGUCUCAAAAUCAAAGUCGAGCAUACGGAAACCCGACCUGCGACUGCGUAAAGCGCAAUUCUAUUCGACAACCAAGAGCGUUUUGGAGAGUUUUCAACAGACACGCGUACUACACGGAGAUGAGUCUAUCUCAGACUACUACGCGACUCUGUCGUAUUUGCAGUCAGUUGGACAGUACAGAGCUCGCCGUGCGCAAGGCAGAAAGCGCGAUGAGGUUGCUGAAGAAGGGAUUGAAAAGCGAUGGAGGAAGGUGGAAAACAUACUGGCAUGGGGCAGCAAGACAGAUGCCGGCGUUACUGGAGAGGCCAUUGCCUAA